AUGCACCGGGGGUUCGACCACAUAUUUCGAGCUGGGGCCCAAGAUCCUUUCUUGUGGUCGGGUGAAGAGGACGAUGAGAGUGAUCUUGGACCCUUCAUAUACCCAUGCACCACUUUGGAUGAUGAGACGGUGAACCCGGUGUCGUUGCACUCCUCAGAUAUCACCUCAACCUCAUUUCUUGGGACUGACGUGUACCCGCGAGAAGACCUAUCGCACGAAACGAAGCAAAGGGCCGGUGUUUUGCACCCCUUGCGGCCUCCGCUUCCCCAGGAACACUGA